GGAAGCCUAAUUCAGGUAUUCUCAGGCUAAGGUUUGUGUUUUGGAUUCUAAUAGAGAAUGAAAAGGAAGUUUGAUCUCAGCUUAUAUCAUGACUCACAAAGCUCGCUGUGGGCUCCAGUAAGAGAAAGAGAUCAAGCAUUUAUUUCCACUUGAAAACUGUUUUGUUUUCCACCUAAGAAACAAGACCAAAGUGGGUGUUCUCGUACCCACCAUAGUCCAUACCCUGCCUCCCCCAGACCCAGUGCAGAAUGGCUUCAACGCAGGUUUGGGGCUGAGAGUAGAGUUUAAUCAAAUGAUCAGAGGGUCAAGAAGAAGAGUUUGUGUAGAUACUGAGAGAGAAAAGGGACAAAGAAUUAAGAAAAAAAAAAGAGUAUAUUGGGGAAAGAGUCUCAUUACCAUGGAAUAGAACUGAAGGAUUAAAGAUGUGAGUUCACAGAGCUAAGUCAAUGGUCAAAGAAUUUUACACUCUUUCUCCUAUCUCCAAAUGAAACCAUCUGUAAGCCAACCCAGGUGAGCUGCUGUUUCUCAUUCAUGAUGUCUUUAUUGCCCUUCCAAAUGAAAACAUUUGAUGUCUUCCAACAUUGAGAACACAGGAUUAUUCUUUACUAAAUGCACAACUUUAAUAUUUCCUGCAGCAGGUUACAAGCUGUCCAUAAGCAGAUGUAAAGAAGAAAGAGAUCUUAGAUGGUCUUUCAAUAUUUAUUCAGGUAAACUUUUUUGUGAGAGGGAAGACAGGGAAAGGGCAGAGAAAGGGAUUUCUGCUUAUUAAUUGGAAUUUUUCCUGCUAUUCCCAAAUAUCACCUUCCCUUUUUCCUGAAGUAGAUGAUAGAAGUUCCAGAACGCUCCCUUAGAUGACUGAAGUCUUAGAAUGCUUAAAUGUUAUACUCAGGAUAAUUUUUGUUCUAAUGAUACUCCAGACUACAGGGAUGUGAAAGAGGGUUGGAAACAAAGAAGACAUUUCUUGUCUAUAAAAGAAUGUGAGACGGGAGGCUGAGGCAAGAGAAUCGCGUAAGCCCAGGAGUUGGAGGUUGCUGUGAGCUGUGUGAGGCCACGGCACUCUACCGAGGGCCAUAAAGUGAGACUCUGCCGCUACAAAAAAAAAAAAAAAAAAAGAAUGUGAGAGCCCGUUACAGGUUGGGGGUAUAGAGGAUAGGGGAUGGUCCACCUGGCUUGAGGUGGGGUUUGUCCAGGCCGCAAACAGAGAAAUGUUAGUCGUUGUGGGAUUUCCCACAGCCCUUUGCAAUGGUGGCAAUGUGCAUCAUGUCUGUGGAUGCAGAAGGUCUCAUAGGCCACAUGAUGGAAACCCCAUUUCCUUUUUUUCUCCUCCCACGCUGGGUCUCACUCUCAGUCCCAAUUCUCAGGCACUGUUUGGGGCAUAGGUACGAUAGGGACAGAAGAGAAGAGAGGUGUGUCUGACACAACCAUGCAUGUCCCUGGGAGAGGCCCAGAGCACUGGAGACAACCCUGUGCUGGGCCUUGGAAACCCAGAGUGCUGAGAGGAAGGCUGUACCAUAUAGAGGGAUAAAGCAGCACCUGGGACCCAGAACUGCACUUACAAGUGUAGCUCUGAAGAUGAAGUCUUUUAUGGCAGCUCGAGGGCGUGGAGGGACAAGACCUGAGAGUCCUGGUCCCACUACUGCUUCCUCAGUGUGCAGGAGGGUGAGGGUGACUGGCAGAAAAGAGGCAGCAGGACCGAGUGUGAGUAGGGAGCGCACAUUAUCCUCCAGCCUUUCUAAGCUCUACCUGGACAAUUGAAUUAUUCCUCCCCUCCUUGCACCGCUUUGAACCUGUGUCUGGUACGUGCCUGGUGCCAUCAUCGUGUAGCCGUCGGAAGAAUACUGAGUGUCGUUAAAGUGGUGCUGAAUGAAACGGAAAUCUAUAGGAUCAGCAGUCGCAUUGAUGAAGUGAGCAAUUAACUCCAAGUUACGUAAAAACACAAGUUCACAGAUCACAAAGGAUCAUCUUGAAGGUGCUGGCUGCUAAUUGCCCAAGGCAAUGACUCCUGAUUUUUUUAAUGUAAUUUUUUUUUCCUGAGAAAUUCUAUGUAUCCCUAAUGCAUAAAACAGGAAACGAAGCAAACCAAGACAAAAACCAAACAAACGUACCUAACAUCACUGUAACUGAUGUGUCAUCCCAAUUGUGCGACCUCAGAAAGCCUGAAUAACUGUUGAGACCCUAAACCUUUUCAUAUUAUCUCGUUGAGGAUAAAAUAAAGUGAAUUUCAUAAAUUAUGAAUUUGAAGACAUUGUAAUCACAAUGGAAGAUUCUAGGAGAGAAAAUUCUUAAGGAUUAAAGAGAAAUGUUUUCUAAUAUAGCAUUUCAGCGACCAUGAGUAGUAGAGGUUCUUUAAAUCAGGAGAGCUUGCUCAGUGCCCCUUAAAGCGUGUUAUGUUUGAAGCUUUUGGACUUACUGAUUUUAAAGACUUUCCUUGGUAUUUUUACUUUUCAGAGCAUCAUUCCUUUGGGGGAGUAGUGGGGGGCAAAUGGGAGCUGGGCUGGACAUCUCCUCCUUGCUCCAGAGUGGGAGGUCAAGCUCCUGUGUGCCGGGACAAGAAGACCCAGUGGGUGUGGGGGUGCAGCCCUGAGCAUGGUGGUUCUGAGCAGAGGAUGAAGGAGAAUCAAUCAUUUUGCUUCUCAGAGCAGCAUUACUCCAGGAGACCCUGAAGUCUGAGCCAGGGCCAUGGAGGGUUCUGUGCUCAGCCCCACGUCCUGGGAGAAACGGCGAGCCUGGCUCCGUCAGAGCCGGAACUGGCAGACCCAGGUCCUAGAAGAGGAGGCCGCAGCCGCCUUGCAGGAUGUCACCGAUCCUGAGCCUUCCAGCCUGGAUGAUGUUUUCCAAGAAGGGAAUCCAAUCAAUAAGAUUGAAGACUGGCUGCAGGACUGUGGAUAUUCUGAAGAAGGACUCUCUGAGGAAGCAGGACGGUCAAUCUAUAAUGACUGCUCUAGCCACGGAACCAGCUUUGAUGAUGACUUGACCCUUGGAGCAGAGGCCACACUGCUGGCGGCCAAUGGCAAACUCUUCUCCAGGAAUUUCCUGGAGACAGCAAGGCCUUGUCAGCUACUUGAUCUUGGCUGUAGUUUGGCUUCCAGCAGCAUGACUGGGGGAACCAACAAGACUAGUUCCAGCAUCUCGGAGAUUCUGGACAAGGUGCAAGAAGACGCAGAAGAUGUCCUCUUCAGUCUGGGCUUUGGCCAAGAAGACCACAAACACACUUCUCGAAUCCCUGCUCGAUUUUUCACCACCCCCUCUCAGGCCAAAGGCAUAGAUUUCCAGCUCUUCCUGAAGGCUCAGGUGCGGAGGAUUGAGAUGGAGGACCCCUGUCUCAUGCUGGCCAGCAGGUUUAAGCAGGUACAGACACUGGCUGUCACUGCCGAUGCCUUCUUCUGUCUCUACUCCUAUGUGUCAAAGACACCUGUCCAAAAAUUCACACCAUCCCACAUGUUCUGGAAUUGCAACCCAACUGAUGUGCCAUCCAUCAGGAUUCUGGCCCCAGAGCCUGAACCCUCCUCACCCAGAGAGCGUCUCCGGAAAGCCAUCUCUAAGAUGUGCCUAUACACGUGCCCCCGAGGUCAGUCAUCACCACCCUACAACACUCCGCAAAGGAACAGUUUGGACCAAGUGGUAUGGGAAAUAAUGGACAGAGUAAGAGGUGAGAAGCUGGGCCUCCUGCAAGACUCUGAGUUUGGGCAAAGCCAACAAGAAGACCCUGUGCCCCCUAUUGGGACUAUGAGGCUGCCCACUUCUCCCUGUCCAUGUGUCCUCUGCUCUAAAGAGGAAACACAGAAAGGGAUGUCCACAGUGCUAACGUCAACACAAACCCUGGAUUUUAACUCCAAGAUACCCUGUUACGUACAUUCUCUGCCCAGAACAGAUCCACAAUGGACCACAGACCCUGCACAAGUGAGGAGAGAGCUAUGGAGUCUACAGGCCACCAAGAAGGAAGCCCAUUCAGUCAAGGAUGAGACUUUCUGGAAAAGAAAGAGCAAAGCAAGGAAGAGCCUGUAUCAGAAGAAUACCCUGGGCAGGAAAAUUAAGUCAUUGGACUUGCCCUUCACCUGGCAGGACUGGAAGCAGAGCGUAGACAGACAGGAACUGCAUCAUUCUUUAACCAAACAGCUGCAGGACACUUUUGACUUGGAGGAGGAGGUGCAAAGCAGCAGUGAAGAGGAGCAGAGCCUCUGGUCCAGCAGACCCAGACAGCCCUGCUGCUACCAGACUGUUGCUAGUCAAGAUUCAUGAAGCUGUCUUUGCACGCUCGGCCAGCAGCAGCUUCAUGGAGCAGUCUGCUUCCCACUUCUUCUUGCAGAAAGUUGGACUGGCCUCAGCAUCCAGGCCUUGCUCAUUGGUCCUCCAAACCCUGAAUUCAGUAGGAGAAAGGCAGCAUGGUGCAUGGGAAAGAAGACCAAUGAGACCAAGAGACUUGGAACCCACAUCCUGAAGCUGUCAGAAGCUGCAUGUGUGGAGAGAGGCCUCAGGCACAUAACUCAUCUCUCUGUACCAUGUCUUUUCUCUACUAUAUGAAAUGGACACUAGUAAGCAGAACAAAGACUUAAUUUUCUUCCAACCUUUAACAUUGCUGAGAGGAGGAUUUAAGGCUGAUCAAGUUCAGGGAAUAAGGUUGCCACUGAAAUGCUCUCAAAGGUUACAAGCUAAGAGAGGAAGGAGACAUCUCACCUCUUGUCUCUAAAACCAUGAUGUGACCUGCAGCAGGAUUCCCUCUAAAACUCUCUUCAUCCUUAUGUGUUCCUAAUUAAAUUCCAGAAAAUCAUCCACAAAACCAGAGUCCUCAUUUUCUUCCUGAGGCUUCAUCUGAAAUCUUUUGGGAGCCCUUAAAUCCAGCUUCUCUUUCAACCCAAAAUUUUAUACUCCAUAGGAAAAGAAAUGAGUGUGAUUCAGGGUCACUCCUCUUGGUCAUUGCCAAAAAAAAAAUAAUAAUAAUACAACAUUUCUGCUGGCA